AUGGCUACUCAGCAAUUCUAUGAGCUCUAUCGAGGCAGCAGUAUAGGCCUUGCGCUCAUCGACACAAUCGACGAUCUAAUCAACGAUGGUCGCAUCGAACCGCAACUAGCCAUGAAGAUUCUCAGCAACUUCGACCGCGCCAUCGCCGAGACACUGGCAGAGAAAGUCAAGUCAAGACUCACUUUCAAGGGUCAUCUCGAGACCUAUCGAUUUUGCGAUGACGUUUGGACAUUCCUCGUGAAGGACGUGAGAUUUAAGAGCGAUGGCGGCCAAGAAUUCACUGCAGACAAGGUCAAGAUUGUCAGCUGCAAUUCAAAGAAGCCUGGAGAAGUCUAG